AUGUGUAUUGAAGCAAGAAUGAUGAGGCCAUCUUUCAAGAAAGUUCAAAUUGUUUACUAUCUUUCAAGAAAUGGCCAUCUCGAGCACCCUCAUUAUAUGGAAGUCACUCAUCUUUUUCAUCAACAACUUCGUUUAAAAGAUGUUAUAGAUCGCCUCACGGUUCUAAGGGGUAAGGCCAUGCCUUCCCUCUACUCUUGGUCUUGCAAAAGGAUAUACAAAAGUGGGUAUGUGUGGAAUGAUUUGGCACAAAAUGAUGUUAUUUAUCCAUGUGAAGGAGCUGAAUAUGUACUAAAAGGAUCUGAAUUAAUUGAGGGCACCACUGAGAAAUUGCGCCAUCUUCAAAUUAGCAAAGUUCCACUAAUCAAUAACCAAUACGAUCGAGAUGAGGAGGAAGAAGGAUACACUAGCACCAUUACGCCGCGGUCGAGACGCUCGAGGGGCGUCUCGUCGCCACCCUCGACCACGUCAUCCUCCGUCUCUGAGAAGGCGAACAACGAAGUGAUAGGUGUCGAAAAAGGUGGCGCAAUAUCUAAGGAUGUCGAAGAUGUUGGCACCGAGCCAUUGCUGAGCAGAAACUCUAUGCUGCUCAGCCUCAUUGCCUGCGGCGGCUCUGUCUCGUUCAGGAAGCUGCCGCCGGAAGCGGCCAGAAGGAGCGGCAGCGGCGGGCUGCAUAAAGGGGUUGUAUGCAAAUCAGCAGUUAAGCAUGUCGUGGACGUGGAUGUGGACGAGGAUGUAAAGAUGAUAGGUUUGAUGUCGGAGAAUCCGAGGUUUGGGAACUUGCAAUCGGAGGAAAAGGAGUAUUUCAGCGGUAGCAUUGUGGAGACAAUCCCCAUUGAAAAAGUUGAAGGAUUGAAGAAAUCAUCAUCUCAUAAUGAAGAAAAGAGUGGCAUGAGUGGGCUAGGAGAAGCAGCUGAUGAGGAACAAGUGCAAAAGAAGGGGAAAUGCAUUCCAAUGAAGAGGUCAUGCUAUAGACAGCCCAAGAAAUGAACCAUUUAUUGCCAAAAAAUUACUGGCUUGUAAUUUCGUUGUUUGCAACUUAGUUAUCAACAGUUAAAUUUCAGUA